GAGGAGGGCCCGGGGCGGGGCCGCGGGAAGGUCACGGUGCGCUACGAUCGCCGCGAGCUCCGCAAGCGGCUGCACCUGGAGGAGUGGAUCCUGGCACAGCUCACGGCGCUCUACGACUGCCGGGAGGAGGAAAUUCCGGAGCUGGAGAUCGACGUGGACGAGCUGCUGGACAUGGAGAGCGACGGCGCCCGCAGCGCCCGGGUCCAGGAAAUCCUCGUUGACUGUUACAAACCCACCGAGGCAUUCGUGGGGGAUCUCCUGGAGAAGAUUCGGGGGAUGCAGAAACUCAACACCCCCCAGAAGAAAUGACCCCAAAAUUCGGGGGAAUCCCCCCAAAAACCCCGGGGGGGAGCCCCUCCCUCCCCCCCCCAAAUCCUGGGGAAUCCCCAAAUCUCGGGGGGAAACCCCCCCCCAAUAUCAUUCCCCACCCCAAUUUUGGGAGACCCCUCCAUUUUUGGGGCCCCCCCUGCAGCGAUAAUCACUCCCCCCCUCCCCCACUGGUUUUGGGGGGUCCUGGGCGGGAUUUUGGGGGAAUUUGGGGAUUUUGGGGGUUUUUUUUUUAGUUUUUUUUUUUUUUUAAUUCCGGGAUGGGGAGGGGGGAUUGGGGUUGUUUUUAUAUGGGUUUAAUAAAAGCAGAUUUGACAUUUU